AUGGCGGCGGGCGGCGCGGCGCUGGCGCUGGGGGUGUCGCUGGCGGCCGUCCUGGCGGCCGUGCUGUGGCUGUGGCGGCGGCGGGCCGUGGCGGCGGGCGGUGCGGGGCGGGUGUGCGUGACGGUGCUGGGCGACCUGGGCCGCAGCCCGCGGAUGCAGUACCACGCGCUCUCGCUGGCCCGGCACGGACGCGGCGUCGACCUGCUGGGCUACCUCCAGAGCAGGCCGCACGGCGACGUGCUGCGGAGCGGGGAGAUACGGCUGGGGGCGGUGGCGGAGCUGCGGGGGCUGCGAGUUGGUCCGAAGCUUUUCCAGUAUGUCAUAAAAGUCAUCGUGCAGGCAGUGCAGUUACUGUACACGAUGCUGACGAUAGAUCGGCCGUCCUAUAUUCUCCUGCAGAAUCCUCCAGGGUUACCUGCUAUAGCUGUUGCCUGGGUAGCCUGCCUUUUCUGGAGAAGCAAACUGAUAAUCGAUUGGCACAACUAUGGAUACACUAUAAUGAGCCUGAAUCAUGGCAAAAAUCACCCACUGGUAAAAAUUGCAAAAUGGUAUGAAAAGCUUUUUGGGCGUUUGUCUGACUAUAACUUGUGUGUCACUAAUGCGAUGAAAGAAGAUCUGUGGGUGAAUUGCAACAUAAAGGCAGUAACACUGUAUGACAAGCCAGCGUCUUAUUUUAAGGAAACACCAUUAGAAGUUCAACAUCGUUUGUACAUGAAACUUGCCAAAGACUAUGAGCCUUUUAAACCACGUACAGAGCGUGUCAGUUCGCACGCUGAGAGCUCUGCCUUCACAGAAAGGGAUGGAAAAACUGGACACACGAUAAAAACCAGAGGACGGCCGGCUCUUCUGAUCAGCAGCACAAGCUGGACAGAGGAUGAAGACUUUUCAAUCCUUUUAAAAGCUUUAGAAGAUUACGAGCGGUUUAUCAACGAAGGGGCCAGGCUGCCAUCUUUAGUAUGUGUGAUAACAGGUAAAGGGCCUCUAAAAGACUACUACAACGGUCUGAUAAAUAAACUGCACUUGAAGCAUAUCCAGAUCUGUACACCCUGGCUUGAAGCUGAGGAUUACCCUCUUUUGCUUGGCUCAGCAGACCUGGGGGUGUGUCUCCAUAAAUCAUCCAGUGGUUUGGAUUUACCCAUGAAGGUGGUGGAUAUGUUUGGCUGCUGUUUACCUGUGUGUGCAAUAUAUUUUGAAUGUUUACAUGAACUUGUGAAACACGAUGAAAAUGGCCUGAUAUUCAGGGACUCGAGUGAACUUGCAGAACAACUAAAGAUGCUUCUCCUGGGAUUUCCUACACUGGAAGGCAAACUUCACAGCUUCAGGGAAAACCUCCGAGCAUCCAAGGAGCAACGCUGGGAUGAGAGCUGGGACCAGACCCUUCUUCCUUUGCUUGGGCAGAAUGAGUGACUUUUUCUGGGAAAGGAUCGUGUCAAAAAAAGCUAAUACAUUCCUGGAGCUGCGUGGAUUUGAUAAAUAGUGAAUAAACACCUUCUGUUGGCAAUA